UGGCGAAGCCGAAGGGCAGGAGACAGCCAACUGGUGGUGCAGUUGGACGCCCGUCCAAGUCGGACAAGAGAGCCAAGACAGCAGCAGCGAGAUGUGCGUUGGCCUAGGAGAGACUCCAAGCUGAGCUCGAGCAGCAACGUGUAGCGCUCGCGGCGGACAGAGCAGAGAUGGCGCAGAGGGAGCGCUCAGAGCGAAGGAGGCUGCGUUCGCCAAGAAGGAGCAAGAAAUGGCGCGCGCCGCUGCACAGCGGCAAAAGCGUGAGCAGCAGGAGGUUGAGCGCGACUAAGCAGCAGCUGCUGGCUCGGCGGAGAAGGUUGCUCAAGGGGCUGGACUACAUGGACACAUCUGUGCACGAGGUGAAGCCGAAGAAGGACGAGGUCUGGACCCAGUUGCAGUCAAGGAUGGUCCUCAUGCUACUCUUCGACCUCCGCAAGGGAGGUUGCUGUGAGAACGAGGCGGUGUUGCAGGUUGCCCGCACUUUCAAGAUCGGCCACGACAAGGUCAGACGCAUCAACAACCACUGGUGGGAUCACCGCCAGUUGUACGAGACCACCGCCGUGGGGAGAGGCAAGACGGCAAAGAAGGAUGAUGGGCGACGCCGCCUCACCGAAGUACAAGAAGAUCAACUUCGCGAGUUCAUCAACGACGAGCACAAGGCCGGUCGUCAAGUCUUUCGCCGCACGGUGGCAGAAUGGAUGCACAGGACUUGCAACAUGGAGCAGCCGUCCAACCGUUCGGCAGGAGGGCUGCUGAGUAGGCUCGGCUACAAGCGUCGUAGAGGCAGGAUCAAAACGCCACCGUUAAACGCCGAAAGACUUGCUCGCAUUCGUCGGUUUCUUGUUGAGAUGGACAUGGCAAAGAGGGCAGAGGAUGCUGGGUUAGCAGUGAUCGUGUACAUGGAUGAGAGUUUUGUCCACCAGGCUCAUGGUUCCCCCUGUUCUUACUUUCCUUCGGACGAGGAUGGAGUUGUGCAGGAUGGGAUUGGUCGCACAACGGGGAAGGGCUUGCGCAUGAUCAUGGUGCAUGCAAUCACGAAGUGGGGGCCGUUGGCUAAGCUUUGUUAUGGGUUUCCGAUCGAAGAGGGCUGGUUCAAGGAAACGGGUAGCGGCAAGAAGGAAAUGGAAGAUGAGGAAACAGCAGAGUUUCUGUGGCAGGUUAAGUUGGCAAAGGGCGAUAACCACGCAGCAAUGACCGACUCGAUGUUCAUGGAGUGGCUUGAACACCGCCUUAACCCUGCGUACAACGCGAUCCCUGAGUUCAAAGGCAAACGGAUGAUUCUUGUUCUUGACAACGCCUCAUACCACCAUGAAUUUGACGCGGAAGUCAAAGUGCCGGAAUCCAACACCAAGAAGCACAACGUCGAUCUGUUGCGUAUGUUUGGGGCCAAGUCGAUCAGUGUUAAGCGUAAGGAGGGCGAACAGGGCGUUGUUGGAGUACAACUUCGAGGUACCGACAGAGCCUGGUUCUUCAUUCCCUGCAGGGAACAGGGAGGGCGGUGUAAGCAGAGCGGAGGUAGCAACGGCCACUCGGGAAUAUAUCCACCUCAAUCACCCUGAAAGGCUCGAGGAACGGGUGGUGACGUUCAUGAGGAAAA